GGACGCGAGUUGUGGUUUAAACUCCAAGCCUGGCGCGACGGCGAGCGGCCGCGUCUUGGGUGAAUUUGGCUGUUGAGAUUAAGGUGGGUAUGUGGAGGUGCCUUGCGUGGUCGGAGGCGCUGAGUCCCCAGGGGAAGAAGGCGGACUGGAACUGGGGCUACCUCGAGGCGUCGAUUUCGCUGAGCCGGGUUUAGCUACGGCUUCGGACAGCGUCGGGACCCCCGGCCCCUCUCUUCUGAUAGGCCUGUGCGGAACCCAAACCGCCCGCUCCUCAGAAAUUUAGAGCCCCUGACUCAGGCCUGAAGAGUUAAGAACUGAGUUAAGUGCUUAUUGGCUCAAACACGGGCCUCUUUCUCUGCAUAGCUCUUCUUGUGUGGCUGUUCACUGGGUGGGCAAGUUUUGUCCUUUGUGACGGGGCGGUUUAACCAGUAAGGAAGGUAUGCUUGGGUUCACUUGUGUUUAUUUACUAAUCUGUAAUGCAUGAUUUCAUGUGAGUAAUCCGUCCCGUAGCACCUCAGCUUUCUCUUGCGUUCUGCCACCUUCGGCGUCUAAUAUGUAUUUCUCACCACUAGAGUAAUCCAAAUGGCUACUCUGAUCUUUGUUGAUAAGGAAAAUGGAGAAGUAGGCACUCGUGUGGCUCCUAAGGAUGGACUGAAGCUGGGAUCUGGGUCUACUGUCAAAGCCUUAGAUGGGAGAUCUCAGGUUUCCACACCACAUGUUGGUAAAAUAUUUGAUGCUCCAUCUGCCCUACCUAAAGCUACCAGAAAGGCUUUGGGAACUGUCAACAGAGCUACAGAAAAGUCAGUAAAGACUAAUGGACCCCUCAAACAAAAGCAGCCAACCUUCUCUGCCAAGAAGAUGACUGAGAAGACUGGUAAAGCAAAAAGCUCUGUUCCUGCUUUGGAUGACACCUGUCCAGAAAUAGAAAAAUUCUUUCCCUUCAAUCCUCUAGAUUUUGAGAGUUUUGACCUGCCUGAGGAGCACCAGAUUGCACACCUCCCCUUGAAUGGAGUGCCUCUCAUGAUCCUUGAUGAGGAGAGGGAACUUGGAAAGCUCCUAGACAUGGGUCCUCCCUCACCUGUGAAGAUGCCCUCUCUGACAUGGGGAUCUAAUCUGUUGCAGUCACCUUCAAGCAAUCUGUCGACCCUGGAUGUUGAAUUGCCACCUCCUUGCUAUCACUUAGAUAUUUAAGCUUCUUAUUGCUUUAUAGUUUGCAUGUAUUUUUUUUUUUUUGUAUUAAUAAAGCUGUUAUUUAUUUAAUAGACUUUU